AUGGCAUGUUCACUGUGUCUAAAUUUUACUACAAGAGUGCGGUCUAUUCUAAUUCGUCAUUUGAAAGCCCACCAAAGAAAACGAGAUAAUACAACUAAGGAAAUUGUGAAUCCAAUAACUUCUAAAAGAAAUUCAGGACCUAUGUUUGAAAAAACGACAACUCUGUCGGCCAGUUCAAUUGAAUCUAUGAAUCCGGAAAAGGUAAUUAUUUGUUUUGGGCACUGCUUUUUCAUUCGAUUAAUAAUAUGUAUAAUAACAAAUAAAAAUUUAAAAAUACAAUUCUGAACAUUAGGUUAAAUAUUUUUGUUUAGGUUGAACGAGGUAUCGUACAGCAACAUUCUAAAGCUAUGGAAUUGAAUAAACAAAACGCAGAAAAAAAUGUUAUAGUUGAUGGACGGUCAAUAAUUUUCUAA